AUGUUCUACAAAUGCGAUGGCUGCUUCCUGUGCUUCACCUUUCGAAAGGACUGUGAAUCGCACAUGGAUGUGAAACGCCACAGAACAUCUUCCAGCGUCGAGACGGUCCCCGAGGGAACUCGGGGACUGACCGACGAUGGGCACUCGGGCAAGCAACUCCAGAGGUCUCUCUCCCUCCCUAGCAGACUCGCCCAAUCCACUCAGGUCCAGAAUGCUUACUAUACGCAUACUAGCGUGAGAUACAACCCAGCAACGGGCCUCACCGAAAGUGUCGACAGCUAUCAUUCCGUCAAGCCGAUCAUGGACACAACCGAUAAAAGGGCCAUGCAUUAUGGCUGUGGAGUGUGCGAGCGUAAGUUCAGGUCCUUGCUAGGUGUCAACCAGCACAUGGACGUGAUGGACCACUGGCCCCAGCAGUCACCACCUCCACAGCCAGCUUCGCCUGGCCAUCAAUACAUGGGCAUUGUUGUCCCAGAGCGUGAUUUGAGGUCUGAUAGGCCAUGGCCUGCCAUGCCCGGCUUGGAACAUGAUUUCUAUCAUGAUUCUAUUGACGUGAAGAAUCAAUUCUACCCAGAAGAAGGUAUAUACCUAUGCCACCAUGUGAGCAUUAGCAACAUGAUAGUUAACACAACAGACUUUGAUGGCAUGGAAAAUUUCAUGUGCAAGACGUGUGAUCGCAGCUUCACCACUGCACAUGGUGCUAUCCAGCACAUGGACGUUAUGCAGCACUGGUCCCAGCCUCUAGACCAGCAACGCCAUCACGCAUACAACAGAACCAACACCGGUCCGAAAAUGAACGCACGCACCCAGGAACGCGGAGAUGUCAAGCCCCCGAAACUUGCACGACUGAGAAAGCAAGUCGCUUUCUUCAAAUGCGACACUUGCGAGCGUGUUUUCAACACCCAGGACGGAGUCAUCCAGCACAUGGCUGUCAAGAGCCAUCGGGUUCAAUUCAAAUGUGGCACCCGCAAGCGUAGUUUCAACACCGAGGACGGAGCCCUCCAGCACAUGGUCGUCAAAGGCCAUGGAAAUAUCUAUGGAUGUGACAUCUGCGGUUGUGAUUUCGGUACUCAAAGCCAAUUGGAGCAACAUAUGGCUACUCAUGAUUCUCCGCUGCCAGCAAUCAAGCAUGAGCGAUAUGUCCCUUUCGAGACAGAUAUUCCUUGCGAGAUAUGCCACCUGGUGUUCUCUACUGCAGGUGACACAGACAAGCACAUGUCUGAGGUGCAUUUUUGCCAGGAGUGCAGCGGAUUGAUCACGGGUACGAAUUUGCACAUGGAAUGUACGAUGCGGUAUGUCGAGACCUUUUGGCAAUCUCAGUGUGCCUAA